UGUUGAGGGGUGGAAUCAUGUGUUUGUAUUGAUUCUAUUGGUCGCCGUAGAUUGUGUGCGCAGCCGCGCAGUGCCAUCCUGUCGUGAGCCAGUGCUGUGCUGUGCUGCUGCUGCGAGGGGACAAACUUUAUCAAAGUACAGUGUUACUUUUCUUGGUUUGGAAAACUGUUUACAAUUCUGGUCUUGGUCACUACAUUCGGCUAUACUAUAGACGAGGAAGGACAACAUGUUAAAUACUGUUACAGAACGCUACGAAGCGUUUUUUAAGCAGAAGAAUGUGGUAACGGAUUUUCUAGCGGUUUUAGAGGAAAAAACUGGAGUUAAGAAACAGUACACUGCAACAGGUGCAGUAUCUAUUGUGGCACUCUAUCUGUUAUUUGGAUAUGGCGCCUCCCUCCUCUGCAACUUGAUUGGUUUCGCAUACCCAGCGUAUGCCUCCAUCAAAGCCAUUGAGAGUAACAAUAAAGAAGAUGACACCAAAUGGCUAACCUACUGGGUGGUUUAUGGACUCUUCAGUGUGGCUGAAUUUUUUUCUGAUAUCUUCCUCUUUUGGUUUCCCUUUUACUAUGCUGGGAAGCUUGCUGUUGGAGGUCUGUAA